GGUGUAGCAGUCCUCCCCGGCUCUGGUGUUUUUCUUGAGUCGAUGAUCACUCAAUUAUGGUGCGGAACUCUUUUUUUCUCAUCAUUUCUCCUCAAGGGUUGUUUUGCUGAGAAGGACAAAAAGUGAUGAGCCAUCUGUUUCUUUCUUUUCCUUUUCUUGUUCUCAGUUUAGAUUCUGGUGAAUAAUUAUAAUACUUUUGGAGCUUUUGGCUUCAUUGCAGCUUAAUUGUCCUAUUAGUUUUCUAUAUCGAUCUCCCCCCCGCCGCCACCCUGAAGUUCAUCGUGAUCAUCCUGGCCGCCGGCAUGGUGGCCUUCAUCGGAGCGGUGAUCUGCAUCAUCGCCGCGGUCCACACCGGCUCUUCCGGGGCGGCCGCGGCGCAGCGGCGGCCCGCCGCCGACAACCAGUCGCUGUUCCCGGACUCCGCGGCGGCGGCGGCUCAGACCCCCGCGGCGGGCGGCUCGGUGGCCCGGGCCGGCUCCCUGGGCGCUCUCCAUGGUUCUGAAGCGCCCACCUUUAACGUGGGGCUCGGCGGGCUGGACGGGGUCACCGGACUCACCGGGCACGACCCGGCGGUGAGCCGGCUCAUCUGCACCCCGAUCCCCGCCGGGGAGUGCAACAGCAGAAACUUUCAGCAACAAGCGGACGAGCCGUCGCUAUACGCGGGGGAAGACUGGGGAUACCUCCGCACCGCCGCGGAGGAGCUCCGGCAGACCGUCCUGCAGCAGAAGGACCAGAUCCUCACCGACCAGAGGACCAUCCGGGAGCUGACGGGGAAGCUGUCGGAGUGCGAGAAGGGGCUGGGGAGAGGGAGGACCGUGGAGGACCGGAGCCCCGAGCGGGUCAUGGUGCGGGACAGCCCGGCUUCCACUGCGGACGGGGGCCACCUGGUCACCGUCAGGACCGUGGAUGAACUGGAGCAGGCGAUCAUGCAGCUCAAAGACCGCAUCGAGAAACUGGAGUCAGACAUUGGCCCAUUUCCUCUAAACCGGACGGAUAGCUUCACAUCAGAAGUCCCAGAGGAGGUUGGCCCAGAAAGGCCAGCUGAUCCGGGCCAGAGAGCCGGUGCCGGCAGACCCUGGACGAUGGAAGACCUGGAGGGAGAGCUGGAGAGGAAGGUGGAGCUGCUGAAGAAAGAGAGAAAAGCCCUGAGACUUGAAACAGAGAAAAACAGACAGGAAAUCGAUCACGGCAUCAAUAAUCUACAUCACCGACUCUCAGGCCUGGAGGGAGGCCAUUCUUUCCCAGAGGGCUUCAGACUGUCCUUCCCAGCACGGACCAACUACAUGUUUGCUCUCAUGAAACACUCCAUCCCGAAGCUGCGGGCCUUCACCGCCUGCCUGUGGCUGCGUCCCGCAGGGGCGGGCAUUGGGACCCCCCUGUCUUAUGCUGUUCCUGAGCAACCUAAUGAGCUGGUGCUCCUGCAAGGCCUCCACACUCCCACUGAGCUGCUCAUCAAUGACAAGGUGGCCCAGCUGCCUCUGAACCUCUCCCGAGGCAACUGGCAGCACAUUUGUGUGAGCUGGACCCAGAAGGAAGGAGCGUGGCAUGCGUACCAAGGAGGAAAGCAGAGGGGCGAGGGCCACGGACUGGCUGCUGGACAUCACAUCAGACCUGGGGGAGAGCUAGUACUGGGACAAGAGCAGGACUCCUUGGGUGGAGGUUUUGACUCAUCCCAGGCCUUGGUUGGAGAGAUGUCACAAGUGGGGCUUUGGGACCGGGUUCUGUCUUCUAACCAAGUGGCCAGCUUGGCUCGAUGUGGCAAAGUGACCCAGGGCAAUGUGGCCCUUUGGACUGAAAGUGGGGUUGAAGCAUACGGUGGAGCAACUAAAGACCCGGGAGAGCCGUGUAGUAAACACAGCCGGAGCUCUCAGUGACCGACGGCAGAAGUGUUUGAGUAAAGAUUACAUUUGUAUUGAUAAUGAUUCAGAUUCAUGUGCAAGACAUGAACAAAACCGGUGUGAAAAAAAUGAAUUAAUUACUUUGAAAAACUUCCAAGAACAAUCCAGCCGAUGCUAAGAAGAAAGUAUUCUGGCCAAGUUGUUUCUUUAAUUCUGUUAUCAAACAAGCUGGCAAACUUAUAAGGGAAGUAAAACAGAGACAACAAGUUUGCUACAGAAAAACAAGCAAAUAUGCAAGCAAUGACAGGGGCGGUUAGCCCACCAGAACUAACGAACAGGUCAACAUCUAAACUUUAGAAAAAUAGUUCAGCGUUUUUGUGAAAUAAUUGUUUGUGGCUGUCAUACACAUGCUGUGAAGCUAAAUGCUAAACCUGUUGAUGGCAGCUGGCACAUUAUUCAGCUCGCCAAGUUGUUUCUUGACCAGCACAAGACAGCAGAAAAGAAAUCACUUUGUGACUCGAAAUGACAAAAAGAUGAGCACACUGCCUUUUAAAAGCACCUGAGUACCAUGUUCGACAGAUUAUCAUCAGUUCAGUGUUAAUUUCAGUUUGCUUUUAGUCCAAGUUCAAAGCACAGUUUCCUGCAGAAGCGCGAUCACACGGGUCGUAGUCCAGCAGCUUAGUGUUUGCAGAUUAGUUUUUAAAGGAGAUGAUUUAUAAAAAAUAUUAAUUAAUAUUAAAAACUAUUGUUAAUGGUAUUAAUUAAAGAUUUAUUAACACCCUUUGGUCAAAGAUUCAACAGUGAUAUAAUAUAAAAACCUUUACCUUCAGGUCUUUACUGUACAUCUUUCUUCUUAGCAGUCAGCUUUAGGGGAUGGAGUCAGCCACUCAAAACCACUCAAGCUUCCUCUUAAAAACAAUGUUACAGCUUUGCAUUACUAAGUUUUAACAAAUGUGCCGUCAACCUGGUUAAAUAAAGGCAAAAUAAAUAAAAUUUAAAAAAAUAACUGUAAGGGGUGGCAUUAGAGAUGUGGUGGCUGGAUAAUUAUACUAUAAUUAUAAUUAUACUGAUUUGGGUCUGUGAUGUCAAAGUAUCAUGCAAAUCUGAACCUCUCGCUGAUUUAAAUAGUUUCAAACUGAGGUGGCUCCAACCAAAGUGACUUGGUAGUGUUAAAGGUAGGGUAAGUGAUUUCUGGAUGGCAUCAUGUCUCGUGAUAUUUGAGGGAAACAUGGAAAACUGGCUCUUCAUGUUUUGAGUUGCACACCAUCAUCAUAAGCUGGAGCAGUGUUUGUUUGGGGGCAGGCUGACCAAACCCUUUUUUGUUCUUUUAUAAAGCGCACUCAUGAACCAAUGAAAGGGUCAGCUGGUAAAUGGUGAGAUAGUUACUGAAUGUGAAAAGGCACUUAUAGAUUAUCCCCUGCUGACUUCGCUCAACAAAGAAGUUGUGUUUAACACGUGCUGGGCAGGCCACAAAUUAAAUUAAAUUGGAGUAAUCGGCGUAUUUGGCAAUGUGAAAGGGGCUAAAAAGGGUUCUGGCUUAAAGAUUGUAAAGAAUCACUUACCCCACCUUUAAGUCUAAUUUUUGAGUUGAUAGUCACUUUGGAUACCUCAAUAAAUGUUCCCAAAUACAGAAGAGUUGUUUUUCUUUUUCAUAAUAUUCCCCUGAUAGCUAAAAUGUAAAAUUAUUUGAAUGUCAACACUGUACCAGAAGAUAUGAUAAAACUGAACUUCAAAAUCAUUGAAGACGAUGUAAUGCACUUGUCAAAACUGUGCGAGCUUUCAUGAAACAGCCAUGUUGUACUACAUUCAGCCAUAGCCUCAGACAACUGAAAGCUACACGAGAAAAAGCGAAAGUUGAUCCAGGGCAGCUCAAAUCCCUCCCUGCACACUGCAGGGUUGGAGUAGAAUUAAUUAAGGGCUGUGACAGCUUUAGAGUUUCGAGUCAAGGUAAGGAGAUGAAAAAUGUUGGAGAAAGUGGUGUGAAUAUUAAGCAGUGUAUAAUGGCAGAUAGGAGUAGAUGAUGAAAGCGAACCGAAAGGGUUGAGGACAGGGUGGAAAAGAGAUCAGAUACUUGUUAUGAGCUAUGUUAUGUUGUUUUCACCUCUGCAUGAUGUAAUCUUAUAGUUUUAAUGUUUUGCCGCUGCAAAGUGUUUCUCAAAAGUGUCAGAGAGAGGAAAAUGCGCCCUGUUUUCAGGCCAAAGUGGCUGUUUUUGCACUCAUCUCUUAAGGUCUGAGGCUCCCUUUUGUUUUCUUUCGAUAAAAAAUCUGAAUUUUGGAAUAAAUCAAAAGGUGAGUCAAAAAGUCCAACUUCUUGAGGAAAUUGCUUUAAUUCGCAGAAUGGUAAACUUUCUCUGGUGCAUUAAAGCAUGACUUGGCAAGCUUUGAUACCAUUUAUGUCGAGAAUAAAUGGGUCUUAGAAAGUCUGCCCUAAUCUCAUAGCUUAUCAUACACAUUUGUUGAGAGAGCGAUGUUAAAUUAAUCAAAUAUGUUUAAGACAUUAGAUGCAAAUACUCACAAUUUUAAUGUUGAGUGUUUAUUUUUUCCAGUUGUUUACAUGCAGCCUCUCACUAAUGUGGUGUGAUAAGUUAAAAACGUGUAACUUGUUCAAAAUAUAUUCCAGACUUGUAGCAACACUUGCUAGAUUUCUAAAUAAUUCACCCUUAAUAAUUAGUUACAUAACAUUGUCCUUGUUAGAAAGUGCCUGUCGGGGUGUUUAUACCCAUCUAAACAAAUCACCCACUUUAUUAUUCUGAAGGAAAACUUUCACUGCAAGAUAGUUUGAACAUAUAGGUUCAAUAAGAUAUUUGAAUUUGGGGACAUGUUACCAAACUUGUGCCAAAUCAGCUCCAAAUCAUGUCGUCGUGCCAAACAGCAUCUUUGAUCAUCCCACCAAAUCCAGAGUGUUGAUGUGAAAAGUCGUGCUUGAGCUUGUGUCAAACAUUUCUAGGCUUUUUAACAGUAGUGUUUCAUUAUAAUGUUUGUGGUUACUGCAACAGAAAACUACAGUGCACUUUUUUUUCCACUGUAUGCCUUGGUGUCUGUCUAUUUACACUUUUCUGAUUGUAUAGAUACUGUAUGUCUAUGUCUUGUAUGGUGUUACGUUGUUCUGCAUUUGUGAUGUGUAUAAACCUCAAAUCUUUAUUAAAGUUCU